GAAGUCAGACCAAGGAAUUAGUAGUUACCUUCAGAAUCCAGAAAAGGGAUGAGGAAUCCGAGAAAGAAAUAUAUGAAUUAUAUGAUAUUUACAAAAACGAAAUAAAAAAAAUACCUAAAAGAGUAUUUUUAAAAAGUAUUUAACAAUUUAUGUUAUUUGAUGUAAAGUUGUUAUGUUUAUAUAACGCUAUGUGAAAUAAGUUGGCAACCCUUGGUGGUCUACGCCGCGACGCUCAAACCAAAUAAGUGAUUCAGCAACAUGUGUCACACAAUGGAGUGACUUCCCGGCGCAGAUCAAUACAUUGUUAUUUAGUCUCAUUUUGCCCUUUAACGUGAUUUAAUUUGCCACUUCGCCUUCUCUGUUUACCGCUGGUGCUAUAAAGGCACAAAAAAUACAACAGUAGGCUUUUGGUAUUGACUUAUGCUUUUAACAUAUGAGUGUGAGAUACGAUGCCAAAAAUGGACAACUCCAAUUUUGGUUAUGCAUAUCAGCUGCCCACCGGUGGAUGGGCACUAAAAAUUCGUAACAUUUUAUCUCAGUUUAGUGAUAUUUUUAGCGAGUUUGAUAAAUAUAUCGCUCCAGCUUAUCAUCAUGAUCGUUGUGAAAGGUCCGUUCAAAUGCGUCUUUAUUCGAUGAAUAAACGGGAAUUUGUUAUGGUUUUUAUAGCAUUUUUUGCCUGUUUUGGGCUAGGAGUAUUUGUAGGAAUAACUGGUCCUCCCAUUACGAGUACUGUAGAACUGGAUGGUAAAACCUUAUUACCCAAGGAUAACCAAAAUCAAACAAAUAUAAAGGAUAUGGCGACAGGACCUUUUACAAUGAGAACACCACCUAUGACAACCUAUUCUCAACAACUUUGGGUGAUUGCCAAACUGUCAACAGACAAUGUAGACGGAGAAAUAAUUGAUAAAAUAUUCCACGUCGCCAUUAAUAUACAGGGUGUUAAUGAAGAGCACAAACCUGUUACGAUACUCGACAGUAAUAAUGCCAACAACAGGUCGAGGCAUUUAAAGUGCGAAAAACAAAGUUGCGAUGAAUUUAUUGUUUUGCACCUGGGUUUCUUGGACUACACCCACUAUAUUAUUACCGUUAACUUUUACGGUCUAGAGUUAUUUCAUAAAAUAAAUAACAUCAAUGAACUGUUUUUCUACUUUAAGACAUACAAUCCCAGAUUCACCCAGAUCGAAAUUUGGUUUAGGUUCAUCUUUCUUAUAUCAACUUUUGUGGUGACGUGGUGGUUUGCACAUACAUUAAGAAAAUAUGCUAUUUAUGAUUGGUCCAUUGAACAAAAAUGGAUGUCUGCGCUUCUUCCUUUACUAAUGACGUAUAACAAUCCAAUUUUUCCAAUGUCGUUCCUAUGUAAUUCGUGGAUUCCUGGAAUGAUAGAUGCUGUGGCUCAAGCCACCUUUCUCUGCGCCUUACUGCUUUUUUGGCUGUGUAUUUAUCAUGGUCUUAGACAGAAUGAACGUAAUUUGGUAACGUUUUACUUACCGAAAGUUUUUACUGUGGCCAUGCUGUGGUUUCCUGCUAUAAUCCUGUCAACUUGGCAGAGAUACAACGAACUUCAGGAUCCAACUUAUAAUCAUAACGUGGAUACAUCAAAUUUUUAUAUAGUGAAGGCGUUUUUCUUCAUAUUUGGAUUUAUAUAUUUAAUAUAUUUACUAUUACUAAUAUUAAGAGCGUAUACCGAACUAAGAUCCAUGCCAUUUUUCGGAUUAAGGUUAAAAUUUCUGACGCUUCUAAUGUUAAUCGUGAUGGUUAUUACCUGCGUGGUAACAGUAUUAAGGUUCGGUGUGGGUGUUUUGGAAGAUAACUUUGUUGCGCAGCUUUCUACCCAUUACGACAGUUCUGCGCAGUUCAUGUCUUUCUAUGGUUUGCUGAACUUUUAUAUCUAUACUAUGGCGUAUGUUUACAGUCCUACCAACAAAGAUGCACAUGAAUUUGGUAUAACAAAGGACAACCCUGCUUUCUCGAUGAUAAACGAUUCCGACGAAGAUGUGAUUUAUGGGUCAGACGAAGAAAGCAGAAGGCCCCUGAACAGGGGCAGAAACGACGACGAUAGUGACUGACUGAAAAGUAUUAAAGAUGGCGAGGACCCUGAAAGUUAGUCCUUUACGCCGGUUUUCAAACGACUUGUAAAUGUUAUGACGUUAUGAUGUGUGUGUUCUAUCUGUAGAUAACAAAACAGAUGUUUAUUGUUGGUGAUGAAGAAACCUAAACCCCUUAUCAAUACAAAUGUUUUUAAAUAAUAUUUUGGUAAUUUGCAAAGUGCUUAUCAAGUAAAAAACAUUUGCAAUUAAUUUUGAAUGAAAUACUGGGUGGUCAUACGAAAACGAAACACCCUAUGAAUCCCAUGGAUUUGUUUAGUUUGGUUUUUGAUGGGCCACCCUGCAUUUUAAUACUCUUAUAUUAUAAAAAACGAUUUUCUCAUCUUCUGGGAAUGUUUACCUAUUUAUUUAUUUAUUUUUAAAUAUUAUUGUUCUAUAAUAUAUAAUAUACUUUGUUUUAUUAAUAAAGACAUUUAAUAA